AUUUAAAGGCCUGGGUCAAACAACACCCCGAACUGGUGGAUUCUAACACCUGUCAAACAAAGACUACUUGCACAUACUGUGCAAGAGAUAAUACGGUCACAUAAGACCAUAGAGACAUGGACCCAUUCAAUAACCAUUAAAAUGACACCUAGAUCGGAGCAUGUCUAUGCCCUGCCAGUGCCGGGCACAGAAGAAGAUGGAUACUCCCCAAUCUACAGAUGUCCCAAAUAUAUGGACAAACUGCUGUCAUACAAGGAUGUCCACGAUGGGAAAAUUGCCACUGGGUGGGAUAUAUUCCAACACGGGUUAAGCCUAAACCCCGAUGCACCAUGCCUUGGCUCAAGAGAAAAGAAGGCAGAUGGUAGCUUAGGAGAAUAUGUAUUCAAGUCAUACAAAGAAGUUGAAUCUUUAGUACAAAGAUUCGGUAGUGGAUUGCGCUCCCUUAAAGGCGUGAAUAAAGUAGAAGUACUAGCGCCAGAACCCGUGGAAGCUACCAUGAUCGGUAUAUAUGCAUCGAAUUGUGUAGAAUGGCUCAUAUGCGAACAAACUUGUAACGGUUACGGCUAUACAAUAGUGCCCAUAUAUGAUACUAUUGGGGAAGAGUCUAUUAUACACAUAUUGGAGAACUCAGACAUCAAUAUAGUUGUUUGUGACCCUGCUUGUGCAGAAAAACUUGCACGUGUGCUUCCCAAGGCGAUGUCGCACACAAUCAAGGUAAUCAUUGUAAUAGGAACGAAUAAGGAAAUGAUACAAACAACAGAUAUACCAGUGUACCUCUUCUCCGAAAUCCUAGAUAUGGGAGAUAAGGCAUUAAUACCAUUUGAACCAGCGACACCCGCCAUGAUAAAUACGAUAUCGUACACUUCAGGAACAUCGGGAAUACCAAAAGGAGUUAUCCUGACACAGGGACAAAUGGCGUCACUUAUAGUAGUUGUCAACCAUGUAGUCGGGGAGCUAAAUGGCAUCUCAGUAGAUGCAGUCAAAUGCUACCUCAGUUACCUCCCGCUCGCACAUAUGUACGAACGCCUUUAUAUAGAUUCGUCCCUGUUCGUAGGAGGUAAAAUUGGUGUGUAUAGCGGUGAUGUGAGAAAUAUACUCGACGAUCUGGAGACUUUGAAGCCAACAGUAUUUGUCAGUGUGCCAAGACUGUUCUUCAGGAUCCAUGACAAGGUAUUCGCCAAUGUAUCUAGAAAACCGUGGUUCAUCAGAUGGUUGUUCAAUACAGCACUAAACUCAAAAGUCAACCGUCUACGAAAUACAGGUAAUUGUAAGCACAGAUUCUGGGACAAAAUUGUAUUUAAAAGGUUCCCAGCAUUGUUCGGUGGCAAUGUCCGUUGGAUGAUGACAGGAUCUGCACCAUUGGCGCCGCGUACCUACGAUAGAAUAAGGGCUAUAUUUGGUACUGAAUUGCUUAGCGGGUAUGGACUGACAGAGACUGCAGCAGGAGCUGUAAUGAAUAGACAAGGCGAAACUGAUACCACCCAUGUCGGAGGUAUCAUACCGACACUGGAAUUUAGACUGAAGUCACUACCAGAAUUCGAAUAUUCAGUCAAAGACGAAAACCCAAGAGGAGAAAUUAUGUUCAGAGGAGAGCAUGUGACAUGCGGGUAUUUCAGAAACCCAGAAGCAACAGCAGAGGCAUUCGUUGAUGGUUGGCUAUUAACCGGUGAUAUCGCCGAGUUGCUACCCAAUGGAGCUAUCAAAAUCAUUGAUCGUAGAAAAAACCUAUUCAAACUGGUACAGGGUGAAUAUAUAUCACCAGAAAAACUAGAGGCAGUGCUAAUUGGAUGUGCAUUGAUCAGUCAAGCGUUCGUUACCGGAAAGUCCACAGAAGUAUACCCCGUAGCUAUAGUGGUACCAGACGAAACUGAAGCCCAAUACUGGGCUGAAAGUCAAGGUCAUGGUGAUAUGACGCUGCAAGAUAUUUGUCAACACCCCGUGUUCAAAGAGGCUAUAAUGGAGCAAAUGGCACAAGCAUACGACGAAGCGAAUGUUAAGGGAUUCGAAAGAUGCAAACAAAUAUAUAUCGAAGCAGAACCUUUCUCUAUCGGAAACAAUAUGCUAACCACAACCAAUAAACUGAGAAGACACCACGCGAAAAAACGGUACGAGGAUAUAAUCGAUAGCCUCUAUCGCAUGUCCCACACUGAAUAACCAGCUGGUGGAAUACCA